GCAUGCCAUCCUCACUCGAAAAACGUCCAUCUCUAGACAAUUCAGAGGGCGGUCUUUCUAAAGAUCAGCUUUAAUCAAAAUCUCUCUCUUUCUCUCUCUCUCUCUCUCUCUCACAUUUUCCAUAUUUAUCAACAAAGUUAAUAAUGAUGAACUUCCUCUUGCUGGUAAAACUCACUUUCUUGUUGAUUUUCUCCUCUCUUAUGGUAGGCCAAUCUUCAUAUCUUCCACUUAUUCUCUCACUACUCUCUCUCUUCCCUUCCUUGUUGCACUACUUUUUGGUCCCCGGUGGAUUUGCAUGGAGGAAUCACCGCCAUGAAGGUCACUCGAAGCUCAAGGGACCAAUUGGUUGGCCUUUUGUGGGAAGCAUGCCUCAAAUGGCUUCUUCACUCGCUCAUAGAAAAUUAGCAUCCAUGGCAGCUUCACUUGGUGCGAAGAGCCUCAUGGCACUUAGCCUCGGCCCGACCCCGGUAAUCAUUAGUAGUGACCCCGACACCGCCAAGGAAAUCCUCCACCACUCAUCCUUCUCGGACCGCCCCGUGAAGGAAUCGGCCCGCUCACUCAUGUUCGAGCGGGCCAUCGGGUUCGCCCCCUUGGGGACAUAUUGGCGUCACCUUCGCUGGGUUGCGGUGAGCCACAUGUUCUCCCCGAGGAGGGUCGGUGGCUUUGCGGAGCUCCGGGGGCAUAUAGCCGAGGAAAUGUCGGCGAGGGUGUGGAGGGAGAUGGGAGAGAGAGGGUUUGUGGAACUGAGAGGGGUAUUGCAAGGGGGCUCUCAGAGGAACAUGUUGGUGAGUGUGUUUGGGAGUGAGAUAGGGUUGGAAAGAGAGAUGUUGUUGAGCAAUAUGGUCAGUGAAGGGUAUGAGUUGAUAGCGAAAUUCAACUUGGAGGACCAUAUUCCGCUGAGGUUCUUGGACUUUCACGGCGUGAAGAGAAGGUGCCGUGAACUUGCCACUAAGGUCAAGAGCGUGGUGGGUCAGAUCGUUGAAGAAAGGCGAAGAGGUGGGGAUUUUCAUGGCGGCAAUGAUUUUCUCAGUGCCUUGCUAUCUUUACCUCAAGAGGACCGGCUGAGUGAUUCUGACAUGGUUGCUGUUCUGUGGGAGAUGAUAUUUCGUGGAACGGAUACGGUGGCUAUUCUUCUUGAGUGGAUCAUGGCGAGAAUGGUUCUGCACCCAGAGAUCCAAGCUAAAGUCCAACAGGAGCUCGACGCGCAUGUUGAUCAAGAUCGGCAUGUUCAAGAUUCAGACAUCCCGAACCUGCCUUACCUCCAAGCCAUAGUGAAGGAAGCCCUUCGGAUGCACCCUCCGGGUCCACUUCUCUCGUGGGCCCGCCUGGCAGUCCAUGAUGUCCACAUAGGCAAGACCUUUGUCCCGGCCGGCACAACGGCGAUGGUCAACAUGUGGGCAAUAACCCACGACCCGAUCAUAUGGAAGGACCCGUGCACCUUUAGGCCUGACCGGUUCAUCGAGGAGGAUGUGUCGGUCAUGGGCUCGGACAUGAGGCUCGCCCCGUUCGGCGCGGGUAGGAGGGUGUGCCCCGGCAGGGUUAUGGGUUUGGCUGUGGUGCAACUGUGGCUCGCACGGCUUCUUCAUCAGUUCAAGUGGGUUCCGACAAAGCCCUUGGAUCUUUCAGAAUGCUUGAGGCUUUCCUUGGAGAUGAAGACCCCAUUGGUUUGCCGUGCCAUCCCUCGUCUCGGAUCAGUCACCUCAUGAAGUAUCUUUCAAUGUGGUCCUAAAUAUAUGAGAGAUAUCUCAAUAGUGAGCAUAAUAUACUAAGAUGUGAAAAUUAGUACUGAGAUGUACUUUUGUGGUAAUCCUUUUAAGCAAAUUGUAAAUUAACUUGUUAAGUUGAUAAUAUAUUAUAGUUUGGUAAUCA